GCGAACCGCCCGGGAGGAGCAACGCCUUGCUACGUUGUUUGUCCUUGCGCUGCCCCCAUAGCCGCCCGCUGAGGUAGACGCACGGCAGUUGCCAUAGCGACAUGGCCUAGGCCGGGAGGCGGCCUGCGCUCGGCCCCGGGGGGUGAGGCGCGGGUCAGCGGCGAGGGCCGGGCCGAACCGAACCGAACCAGCAGGUGCGGGACCCGGCGGCGAUGAGCCAUGGCGUCGGUGAAGGUGGCCGUGCGAGUGAGGCCCAUGAACCGCAGGGAGAAAGACCUUAAUGCAAAGUUUAUUAUUUCAAUGGACAAAAAUAAAACAACAAUCAUAAACUUAAAGGUUCCAGAGGGCAGUACUGGAGACAUAGGACGAGAAAGAACAAAGACAUUUACCUAUGAUUUUUCCUAUUUCUCAGCAGACAGUAAAAGUCCCAGUUUUGUUUGUCAAGAAACGGUUUUCAAAAAUCUUGGUACAGAUGUGAUUAAAUCUGCUUUUGAAGGUUAUAAUGCUUGUGUUUUUGCAUAUGGCCAGACUGGAUCUGGGAAGUCCUACACCAUGAUGGGAAAUGCGGGUGAUGCAGGUCUAAUACCUCGAAUUUGCGAAGGAUUAUUCAGCAAAAUAAGUGAAAAAACAAAGCGGAAUGAGGCAUCCUUUCGGACAGAAGUCAGUUAUCUGGAAAUAUAUAAUGAGCGAGUGAGAGACCUUCUUAGGCGGAAGUCAUCAAAAACGAAUAAUUUACGAAUACGAGAACAUCCAAAGGAGGGCCCAUAUGUUGAGGAUUUGUCUAAACAUUUAGUGCAAAAUUACGCUGAUGUGGAGGAGCUUAUGGAUGCAGGAAAUCUGAACAGAACGACGGCUGCAACUGGAAUGAAUGAUGUCAGCAGCAGGUCACACGCCAUUUUCACAAUCAACUUCACUCAGGCUAAAUUUGAUUCUGAAAUGCCAUGUGAAACUGUUAGCAAGAUUCACUUGGUAGAUCUUGCUGGAAGUGAGAGAGCAGAUGCCACUGGUGCCACAGGGGUUAGAUUAAAGGAAGGAGGAAAUAUUAACAAGUCUCUAGUUACUCUGGGAAAUGUAAUUUCUGCCUUAGCGGAUUUAUCUCAGGAAGCAACAAACCCUCUUUCAAAGAAGAAACAAGUAUUUGUGCCUUACAGAGACUCUGUGUUGACUUGGCUAUUAAAAGAUAGCCUUGGAGGAAACUCUAAAACAAUAAUGAUUGCCACAAUUUCACCUGCUGAUGUCAAUUACGGAGAAACUUUAAGUACACUUCGCUAUGCAAAUAGAGCCAAAAACAUCAUCAACAAGCCUACUAUUAAUGAGGAUCCUAACGUCAAACUGAUCCGUGAGCUGAGAGCUGAAAUAGCCCGACUAAAAGCCUUGCUUGCUCAAGGGAAUCAGAUCGCCCUCUUGGAUUCUCCAACAGCUUUAAGUAUGGAAGAAAAGCUUCAGCAGAAUGAAGCAAGGGUACAAGAACUGACCAAAGAGUGGACAAACAAGUGGAAUGAAACUCAAGAUAUUCUCAAAGAGCAAACCUUGGCUCUGAGGAAAGAAGGGAUAGGUGUUGUGUUAGACUCUGAACUGCCUCAUCUAAUUGGCAUAGAUGAUGAUCUUCUCAGUACUGGUAUCAUCUUGUACCACUUGAAGGAGGGCCAAACACACGUUGGCCGAGAGGAUGCUAUGACAGAACAGGAUAUUGUUCUUCAUGGCCUUGAUUUGGAAAGUGAGCACUGCAUCUUUGAAAAUCUCAACGGUACUGUGACACUAAUACCACUGAACGGAGCGCAGUGUUCUGUGAACGGUAUUCAGAUUACAGAGGCCACACACUUAAACCAAGGUGCUGUUAUAUUACUUGGAAGAACCAAUAUGUUUCGCUUUAACCACCCCAAAGAAGCUGCUAAGCUAAGGGAGAAAAGAAAGAGUGGGCUGCUGCCUUCCUUCAGCUUGUCAAUGACAGAUCUUUCAAAGUCGUGUGAGAACCUGUCAGCGGUGAUGCUUUAUAACCCAGGGUUAGAGUUUGAGAGACAACAACGAGAGGAGCUUGAAAAGUUAGAAAGCAAAAGGAAACAAAUAGAAGAGAUGGAAGAAAAGCAGAGAUCUGACAAAGCAGAACUUGUGAGAAUGCAGCAAGAAGUAGAGUCCCGGCGCAAAGAGACAGAAAUAGUGCAGCUGCAAAUUCGAAAACAGGAAGAGAGUCUGAAAGAGAGGAGUGUUCACAUCGAGAGCAGGUUGAAGGAUUUGCUGGCUGAAAAAGAAAAGUUUGAAGAGGAGAGAUUACGGGAGCAACAGGAGAUAGAGCUUCAAAAAAAAAAGCAGCAGGAAGAAAUCUUUUCCCGAGUCAAAGAGGAGUUGCAGCGACUACAAGAACUUAAUCACAAUGAAAAAGCAGAGAAAAUGCAGAUUUUUCGUGAACUAGAGAGGCUUAAGAAGGAAAAAGAUGAGCAGUAUAUUAAGUUGGAAUCAGAAAAGAAAAGACUCGAAGAGCAGGAAAGGGAGCAGGUGAUGCUCGUGGCGCAUUUAGAAGAACAGCUUCGAGAGAAGCACAUCAUGAUAGAGCUCCUUAAGAGAGGGGAUGUACAAAGAGUUGAGGAAGAGAAAAGAGAUCUUGAAGAUAUUAGAGAAUCUUUUUUGAAAGUCAAGGAGGCCCGAUCUGAAGGUGAUGAAAACAGUGAGGAAUUAGACAAGGCACAGCACCACUUCCUAGAGUUUAAAAGGAAGCAGCUAGAACAGCUGACUCUUUUGGAAAAAGAUUUAGUUCAGCAAAUGGAUCACCUAGAAAAGGAAAUAGCAGAUGAAAAAAGAGCUCUGGAACGCUUAAAAUUUGCAGAUGAAGAGCAUUUAAAUCUGAAGAGAAAGGAUGAAAAUGUUGUGGAUGCUGUUCUCAAAGCUGAAGAGGUUGACAGGAUAAAUCGAGCAGAGUACAGGCUCCAAUCUAAAGUACGCCAGCUUGGGUACCUGAAGAGUAAUCAUUUGCCAGCUCUGCUGGAAGAAAAACAAAGAGCCUCUGAAGUCCUUGCUAGGGGCUUGUUAGGGUUAGAUAAUACUCUCUAUCAAAUAGAGAAAGAAAUGGAAGAAAAGGAAGAGCAGCUUGCUCAGUAUAGAGCUAGCACAAAUCAGCUGCAGCAGCUUCAAGAAACUUUUGAAUUCACAGCCAAUGUAGCUCGUCAGGAAGAAAAGGUUCGGAAAAAAGAAAAAGAAAUCCUUGCAUCAAGGGAAAAACAGCAGAGAGAAGCACUGGAGCAAGCUGUUGCAAAGUUAGAGAGGAGGCACUCUGCUCUACAACGACGUUCAACGAUAGACUUUGAAAUCGAAGAGCAGAAGCAGAAGCUUGCCACCUUGCACAACAGCUGCAGCGAACAGGCAGGUCUGCAGGCCAGUCUAGAAGCUGAGCAGAAAGCCCUUGAACAAGAUCGAGAGCGCUUGGACCAGGAAAUUCAACAGCUGAAGCAAAAAAUAUAUGAGGGUGAUAGUGGCCAGAAAGGAAAUCAGGGAGCAGCAGAAGAGAGGCUCUCCCAUACCACUUCCCAUACCAGCCCAACAAAGCCACAGCCGCCCACUGCUCCAUUGGUUGAUGAUAGGAUAAAUGCCUUUAUUGAACAAGAAGUGCAGAGAAGGCUCCAGAAUAUUCAUCACAAAGCUGAGGAUAAUGAUGUUAGCCUGUCUUGGUCUUCAGAAAGUUUAAAGGAUAAUGAAAGACUUAAUAAUGGCACUCUUCAACGCAAGCUGAAGUAUGAGGCUUCUCAUUUGAUUCCAGUGCUUCAAACAUCUGCAGUGCUUUUUUUAAAUCUUAUAGUCACCAUAUGGUCUUAAUACUAAGGGUGCUUACAGCUUUUAUACUUGAAAUUUUGGAAAUAAUAGCAUUGACAAUUCUCUUUGUAGUUAAGGGUCAUUGCAUUCUUGCAUUAAAGGUUGCCACAAAUGCAAACGGGGUUGGUUAGCUUAUUCCAAGUGCAUUGUCUGCAUUACCAGAAAUAGAUGGAUUUGCCGUAUCUCUUUUCCCCUGGGUUUGCCCCUUUGCCCAGGGAUAAGGGAGUGUAAGGUACAUAGAAGCAGUGAAACAGAACAAGAAAAAUGCAGAGAACAUCCAAUAUGCUUUUCAGAGUUCCCUCUCCUUUCCUUUUAUUGUAGGAAUGCAAUGGAGGACUUGACGCAAUUAGUAUUUAUUUGGUCCAAGUAGUUGUACUCAAUAAGUCAUUGCCAUGGGUUGAAUUUGAAUUUGAUGCUGUUAUUCAAAACCGUCCUACCUCGUGCCAGCUUAAAAAUGGUACUGCAGCCAGAACAAAGUAUUACAGGGCUUGAAGUUCAGCUUGUAACAUGAGAAGCUCCCUGUGCUGGUUGCUGCUUUUGGGUUCUGAGCUUUGGCUGUUGGCUUUUUUCCACAGGGAUGGCAGUGAUAUGGGUGGGAGUUGGGUAGCUUCCUGGGUUUGCUUUUCUGUUUUCUGCUGGUUGGGUGUUUUUUCUGUAUUUCACUGUCCUUUUCUUCAGGUAGGCUUAGCUAAGGUAAUUGUGUAUUAUGAUUAUGUUACUUUAUAUUAAACUUGUAUCUCACGAUCUCAACACAAAGUUUUUAUGUGUUCCUUUCCCCUCACUUCUCUGUCGGGGGGAAGCAGGCAGGUCAACCCAUUUAACCCAUAUUCCUUCGAUGAGACUGUUUAAGAGAAACAUGUUUUGGAAAGGGACCUGGUCUUAAAGGGUGUGAACAGAUACUUGUUGUCCUUUAAAUAGCAUUUUGACCUUUGGUGUUGCCACUCUACCUGUGGUAGGGCAAACAUUUUGGGAUUUUUCAUCUGUGUAUUUUUUGUGCUGUAAAAUGGAUAGUUUGCAGCUGAGUAUCUUGCCUGACAGAUGAAGCUUAACUCGAGUUUUCUUCAUGUCAUAUGCCUGAUCUAACUUUCUUUUCUUUUUUUUUUCUCUCUCGUGCUUACUUACUAAUGAGGUUGCUGCUGCUGUGAGAUUGCAUCUCUUACAAUCUCUUUGCAUUCUAAAAUAUGAUGGAGCUCUUGGAUGUUGGCAAAGGAUUUCUCUUAGUCAGGGCUUGCCUUCAGCUUAGUACAAGGUUAUUCUUUACCUAUUACCCUGUCAGAUGUUGAAGUAAUAAGCAAUCUGUUGCUUCCCAUCUUUUGUUUCUUCUCUUCUAAAGGGAGCUGAAUACCUUUUGAAUCUUGUAGCUUGAAUGUGCCAUCUGCCUUGUUUGAGGAAGAUAGUCCUUGGCAGAUAGAACAGUGGUGUCUAAUCUGAAAUUCUAAAUUCUCUAAGCCUAUUGCCAAGGGAGGUGCAAUCUUCUACUAGACAGAGUUAGACUUCAGUCUCUCUACUAGUAUGAGAACAUUUCCGAUUUGUUCAUGCCAUAUGUUUAGACAGGAUAAUGUAACUCAUGUGGGAUUUAAAAAGAAGUAACUUGCAUUUGGAUGGAGAAGUUGUCUGGAAGGGUGAACGCUGAUUUAGAUACAAGUUUUUUAGCAUAACAAAACUUUCUACUGUCCUAAGGAACUCCAAAGAUGAGCAAAAUAUGUCACUCCUCAUAGGUAUGGUUGUUUAGGUUUUUUUUGGUGUUUAGGGUUUUGUUUUAUUGUGUUUUUUUUCUUCAAGAACAACUAAAAAAGGCAAAUACAAAUUACUUACAGAACAUGGAGGAAACAGACUAGUUUGGGGCUGGAGCAUAACCUGGUGUCAGUCCAGGUUAGAGGUGGCUCCCUCACUGACAGUUAAUGUUGAGUGACACAGUCUGGGAGGAUUGUCUUUUUACAAGGAGUCACAUGGGAAAGACAGGGGGCAAUGAACACAAGUUAUUCCUGGGGAGAUUCUGAUGGGACUCCAGAAGAAAAUAUGUUACCAUGAGAACAGUUAGACAUUGAAAUCACCUCCCAGGGGAGAUAGUGGAUUCCUCUACACUGGCCAGUUUUAAAGACUCAGCUUGACAAGGUGCUGGGCCAGCUCAUUUAACAACUUGCCUAGAAUGGUUGGGCCAAAUGAUCCUUGAGGUCCCUUCCAACCUGCUAUUCUGUGAUUCUUUGUCCUGUUCAAAGCUGUUAAAGAAUGACAAUUUCUGCAGCUGCUUCCUUUGCAGAUUAUACCCCAAAGUUAUAUGUUUGUACAUAGUCUAUUGCUGAUAACAUGAGUCUCUUUUUUUGUCUUUGUUUUCAGACCUAACUCAAUAAAUAUUCUGCAUUUUAAUAAAAAAUACUUCACAGCAAUAUCUCCUAUUCUACUGUAAAUUAAACAUAACAUAAUGAUGGAUGCUUAUGAAUAUCAAAGCAUUAUUUAAUGUAGUAGGGUGCAUUUUUCACAACAUUUUGUGUUUGAGAUUAUUUUCCUCUCUGACUAUUGAGUAUUUGUAAUAGUUCUCUGAAAAUGACUGCCAAUAAAUUACAUGUUGACAGAGGUGGCUGUAAGAGUGACUUUAUGGGUCUAUUGUUCUUUUAAAGCAGAUUAUGUUGUUGGCAAGGCAGUGAACUCCUCUUUCCUCCAAGGAAAGAAUUGCUUGCAUUUCUAUGCUCCAGAAAUGAGUUUCAGUUGAAAAACCAGUAA